AUGCGAUACUACAACCUGGUGAGCAAAAUAAGUCUCGGGAAAAAUGUAGUAGCCAACCUGGGAGGUAACCUGAGGGCUAACUUGGGGGCUAACCUAAGAGGCAACCUGCAGGCGAAGCGAACCUUUAGCACAGGGGCAAGUGGAGAGAAGGGAAAGUACGGCAAGGAGGGCAAGGGAAAGUAUGUCCUCUGCACAGCAGUCACAUCCGUGGCCCUCUCGGUCGCACUGACCUACGUAUACGAAAACUAUGUCCUUUACAAAUGGAACCACAAGUACGAUUACUCCUACAACCCGUAUGUAAAAACUAUCGAAAAUAAGUUGAAAGAAAAAAAAGAAGGAAAGAGAGAAAAAAAACAUGUGUCGAAAAAUAUAAUACUCGUUCGACAUGGACAGUACAUACGAAAAAACGCAACUGAUGAGAACGCAAAAAAAUUAACAAAGGAGGGAUGUAAACAAGCAGAAAUGACAGGAAAAAAACUUAAGGAUAUUUUAAAAGACAAAAAGAUCAGUGUAAUUUACCACUCAGAUUUAAUUAGGGCAAAAGAGACAGCAGAAAUUAUUAGUAAGUAUUUUCCCAACGCUCAGCUAAUAAAUGACCCGAACUUAAAUGAAGGCACUCCUUAUUUACCUGACCCUAUUCCUAAAAGCUCCAAAUUCGAUAGCAAUAAAAUUCAAGUGGAUAAUAAAAGAAUCAAUAAAGCGUAUGAGAGCUACUUUUACCAACCUCCUGGGGAAGAAGAUGAAUACCAGUUGGUGAUUUGCCAUGGGAAUGUCAUUCGGUACUUUCUAUGCAGAGCUUUACAACUUCCUCUAUUCGCUUGGCUACGUUUUUCAAGCUACAACUGCGGAAUUACUUGGCUCGUUUUGGACGACGAGGGCUCCGUCGUUCUUCGUGAGUUCGGCUCCGUUUCGCACCUCCCCUUCGACAGCGUCACCUACUUCUGA